UCCGCGGCCUCGGGCGGGCCAAGUGGGCCGCGUGUCCGGCGCGUCGGAGGCGAGCUCGGAAACGGCGCAGAGAGACCGAUUGUCGGAGAGCGGGGUGGAUCAGAAUGGUGGACCGUGUGGAACUCAGUGGACUCGUCCUGUGAUCUGUGGAACUGCGUAGAGUUCAGUGCGGUGCUCGGAGUUACAUUCGAUGGAUUAUGCCCGUCCAAAGCGAGUAUCUAAGACCUCACCAAUAUUAUUCUUCCAUUCAUUUUCGCAAAAGAAAUGCCUGUUCAUGUGCUGCGCAAUGAAAAUCAUGAGCUAUGCAAGCAAACAAAAACUACAAAAAUAUGCGAUCUAAGCAAACAAAGACACAUGCAAUGAAACCACAUGUGUAAGUCGUGGUUAAAUCAAAUCCUAAAAGAAAAUAAUCUAACCAGAAAUGCUAAACCAGAGUAGAUCUCAGCCGGCGGGUAUCGUUUGUUGAGAGGAGCGCUGCGCAGUGCGCACCUUCGAGUCCGUGCAGGAGGGGGCCGGCGGCGGCGGCUGGCAGUGCGAGUGACCCGGGCCUCUGCCACAGUCUGCCGGCCGCGGGCCGCUGAGGACGGCGCCGGUGGUUGUGGUCGACGCGCUGCAGCGCCGCUCCCCACCCGAGUAACGCGAGCCCGAAGCCAUGCUGGGCGGUUCGGCUAGAUGGGGGCGCUGGUGGCCGGCCCGAAGCCCCUCCCCCGAGCGGCGCCGCGGGCGGAGCGGUGCCGUGCCGCGGGCGCCCAGCUCCAGUCAGCUCGUGGUGGAGACCGAUCGGAGCUGUAGCGAGCCGGACCUUCCGGCUGCCGCGGAGCUGGACCUCCCGUCGGACCGGGCCGGCGCGGCCGGCGCCGAGGCCGGCGCCCGCCCGCGCGCCAGGACCUUCUCUCUGACGAGGCUCCACUACAGCGUCUACCUUGAGCCAGACGCAGAGAAGGCGGCGGCGGCGGCGGCGGCCACCCUGCCCAGGACCCGCCCUCCCAUCACUAUCAUCGGAGAGGAGACGCGAGUCACGGACGAUGAGCCCGUCGAAGAGCGCAAGCAGAGACGCAAGAAAAAGCCGCUCCGUAAGUUUUUGAGCGUUGACAAUUUGCGCAAAAGCGUGCGCAAGAGCAAAGAACGGAUGCAGGGCAUCGACGAAGCGUUGCGCAGGCAGGCGCGCAACACACUGCGGCGCAUGCGCACAGACCGAAAGGGCUUUAGCCCUGCGGGUACGGCGUCCCCCUCAGUGGCGGCGCAGGAGCUGGCGGAGUCGGAGGCGGAGCCCCGUCCAGAGUCCGCAGGGGAAACUGACGAGGCUGCGGAGCAAGCACGGCCAGAGCCCCCGCCGCGGAACGAUAUCUCGUUCUGCGAGGACUCUGCGACAACCAGCGACGAGCCGUGCGCCUCACCGGUGCCCCCCGAGCUCAGCAUCCGCCACGAGUUAGCUAUGGUGCAGGGGGCCAGUGACCCGACCGACGCCAGCGCCGUGCCGCGGCCGGACGAGGAACCAGCGGCCGCCAGCGCCGGCCGAGGAGGCGUCGGCUUCAGUGAGCACACUCGGGCGACGGAGGGCGGCGUCAUGGACACGGCCGGCAAACGAGAGAGGGGCGCGUCGGCCGCCAGCGACCCGGAGCGCUCCGACGACCACCUGCCCCCAUCGGCGAGCCCGCCGCCGCCGCCGCCCGACGCCAAAUCUGCCCCUCUGGCCGCGGCCGAGCCGGCGCCGGCCACCGACCCUGACGAACAGGUGGAGAAAGCCGAACAGGCGAUAGAGGACCAGGAGCGAGUGCGACCUCAGCGGCCGGCCGAUGUCCCAGAUAACGAGGUGAGUUUGGUCGGCGAUAGUGAGGUGAGUUGGUCGAUCGACAGUGGCCGGCCGCGCCGACCCUCGGCCGUCUCGUACGCGCCUCUCCCCGGACCCCGCGCCGCGCCGCGCCGGUCCCGGCCGGCCUGGGCGGCCCGUAUCGGAGAUGCGUAUCACUAG